AGAUGUCAGCUGCACUGCAGAGAUAACGGACGAACACUUAGCGAGAGCUCGCGAGCGCAGGGAAGUAUCAAGUCUUCACCAAAAGCUCCUCAAAAACCUGGAUAAAGUAAUGAGGUAGACGCUCGGACAACUGGGAAUUAUCACAACUGGUUGGGAAAGACUGACGAGGCCUCGGUGAAAAUGGACCAGGAGUUUGUAGACAUAGAUUCAGAGGGCCGGUGGCAGAAACUCUACCUUGUAAGUCUGUUAGCAUAGUUAGCAUGGAGCUAACAUAAACACUACAUGAAGCGUGUGUUCACUACAGCAAGAUAACUCUGUGAUAAGCUUUUGAAAUGUGUAGCUUAUAUCAUCCACGCUCAUUUAAAGUUAGUUUCUUUUUUGUUUGGUGUUUGUUUCGCUUUUGUUUGUUUUGUUCCCUCACUGCUGCACUCUCAAUGUGUAAGGUACAAUUACCAGGAACAGUAAAAGAAGAAUAAUCAGGUGUUUAUAUCUCAUUGUCACGGGAUUUACUACUCUUUCAGACUUGUUUGACUUGUUUAUUGCCUGUAGUAGGAACCUAUUAUGAGUGUAUGUUGUGUUCAGGGCUGCACACUGUGGUUUGUUGACACAGUAUGAUCACAAAUCAAUGUUUUUAUGCUUUCAGGAAAUUAGGAAUCAGUCCCAUGAGUGCUCCUACAAGGUGGCAAAGUAUCCUGAGAACCGCAAUCGGAACAGAUACAGAGACGUCAGUCCAUGUAGGUAAACUUUUGGGGUAUUUUCACGCUCAUUCCUCCAAAACUCAAAUCCUAUCUGUCAAUUGAGAACUGAAUUUUCUCGUUUUCAUGCUGUUUGCAGUCGAUCACAGCCGGGUGAAGCUGGAGAACUCAGAGAAUGAUUACAUCAACGCAAGUUUGGUAACAAUGGAAGAAGCCCAGAGGAGUUAUAUACUGACACAGGCAAGUCCAACACUUUAUAUUCCUGAAAACAAAGUGAUUAUACAAAUAUUUUGCUCUUGAAAUAUAAUGACAUGUAUCAGACCAAAAAACUAAUUUGACUUCUAAACAAGCUCUUCACCAAAUCAACCAGAACUUGUGCAACUUUAGUUCUGUUUUUAUGAUUUAUUAACCAAACAGGAUGAAGUCCUACGAGCAAUAUUACUGUAAAUACAUUUUCAGUUCCUACUAGUUCCCAUUAGAGGUUAAAAGUUAUCAGAAAUCUUGUAUCUGACAUACUGAUAUGAAAACCAACGAGUGUCACAAUAGUGAAAUCAGAUUGGCUGAUUGAGGCGGUUUCACUUUCAUGACUGCAUGCUGACUUAUGUUUGAACGCGUCGUGUCACUGAGCACAAGGAUUGCAUGAAAAGGGCGCUGGUUUCUGAAACACUGAGCAUUGAGUUAAGAGUCACUGUGAAUGUUUUGAGAGCCAUCCUUUGUAAUUAUGUGGCCAUGCAGCAAAAACUUGAACACAGCUGCUGAAAGUUUGCCUUAUUUUUUUUAGCUACUUCGUGGUUAGUAGAAACUUUUUUACUUCUCAAAACAGCAAUUCAAGAUUUUUCAUUAUAUCCAUGGAUGUAAUAAAGAUAAAGCUAUAAUAUAUGUUUUGUAUAAAAUAUAGUUUGGAAUUUCGCCCUGUGGGACUAAUAAAUGAACAUCUUAUCUUAUAGUAUAUUUUAAUUGUCAAUACAGUUAAUGGUUGAGUGAAAGUACAAAGUUCCUAACGCUAUCAGGACAUCGGGAAUGAUAGUAGGCUUAUGUCUCGUUAGAUCUGCCUGUUAUGUACAGCACAUGCCACUGUUGUCCUCCCUCUUUUGCUGCCAAGAUGUUUUGUGUGCAUUUGUUAUGUGUCUGUUGAUGCUGUCCUUGUUGCUGUUGAUCUGUUUUUUGUACACGAUGAGACUAAAGACAGAUUUCCACUUGUGGAUAAUGAACGAACGGACGAACGAAUGAAAAUAAAAAAAAAAACAGUGAUAUCAGUCAAUGUGUGUUAAUCUUAAGAGACUAAGAGAUUGUUUUUAAACUUAAAAUUUUCACUUCAUGAUCAGUAAUGGGAUAAUAUUUAAUUUUUAAUACAUUUUAAUAAACUAACAUUUAAGCUCCUGUGAGGAAUUUAAAGCAACAAUAAGUAUGUUUCCGUGCACAGUUAAGUUGAGUGGCGGUCGUAGCGCCAGUAGGAGAUUUCACUGGGCUACUGGUUUUGUUUCAGUUUACAUGUGCUGGGGACGGCUUGAAUUAUUGACAGAAGUGAGUUCUCUUACGCUACGGCAGGUAGCUACAUGCCCCCUUCACUGUUACAUGUAAAGGUUUUGUUUACAAUCGGACUUCCUACCAACGCACUGGAGCUUUUCAACUUCCAGUUCGAACUCAGAGUUUGACCUCUGUAAACACGGAGCACUAUGUUUAGGCUAGUUUCAGUCCACCUCAGCCCUAUAUGUGAAGGAGAAAAUCAAUCCCCCUCUACCUCUCUAUCUUGGUAUUAUAGUCUGACUCACAGGAGCUUUAAUGUGUGCCUUAUUUUGGUUGCGUUAUCAUCACAGCCCUGAUGUUUGCUUCAAAGAUAAGAAGUCCAUUUUUAGAGUCAGCAUUGUUUUCAACAGAGCUACUUUCUUAUCAAACAACUUUGUAUUUAGUGACAUAAUAACAACAGUCACAUGGCAUUUUGGAUGAAAUCAUAGUUGAUUAAAUUCUAACUGAAUCAGUGAGUUUUAUUUUUUAAACGAGAUAGACCACUACAGCUCUUAAAAUUAUACUGACCUUUAAAUCAGGGAACAUCAAGGGAAGAGCACGGAGAGAAUAAAAAUGCCAUUGUCAUAGUUUUUUAAUGCUGCAAAUGUUAAGCUUGAAUAAUAAUAUUUUACUGGUAAAUAGUUCUGUCAUUAAUGAGCGUUGUAAAUUAUUUAUCCGUGAAAAGAAGGUCAUCGAUAACAGAAGCAGAACUCGGGGGGGCUUUUUCAGCCCACACAGCUUUAAAUAACUUCCUGUCUCGGGAAAAUGAAUGGGCAAAAUAGCACGUCUUUGUGUAAUUCUUUGAAUAAAAACCGAUGAUAGGAAAGAGAGAAAGAGACUCUAGUCCAGACAGUUUGGGCACAAGGAUGAUGAGAUAUCAUCUGAUGAUAUAGCGUCCCGCUUCUCCUGGAAAGAUUAAAAUAAAAUGUGUAAAAAAAGUCAAAACUUGUGGGUCUUACAUGGUUCUGUGUAUUGAAGAUCUGUAUCUCUUAAUAAUCGAAACUUAUGCUAAGUUACUGCGAAUGUUUUAUGCGGUUUCAUCAAUCUAAAUUUGUAACAUCCUCAUUUAGAUGUCAACAAACAGUGUUGCUUUGACAGCAUGUCAGUAUUUUCCUCACCUCUGUGACAUUUACACAUAUUUCAGUCUCACAGGCUGUAGUUUUCUCAGUUUCACCACAUGCUGACCUUUUAUCGUCCUGACCUUUUUAAUAAACCAGACAGCCUCUGUGCAGAUGUUAAUCUGUCUAUCAGUUCAUAAUUUAAGUGGUGAUGAUGAUAUUGUUUGAGAAGAAAAUAUUACACACUUUUCCUUUUGUAAAUGACUCUCUGCUACCUUAUUUGACCCAUGCUAAACAAAGUGUGUAUGUGUGUGUUUGUUGUCAUUAGGGCCCCCUCAGAAACACCUGUGGCCACUUUUGGCUCAUGAUCUGGGAACAGAAAACCAAGGCAGUCAUCAUGCUCAACAGAGUCAUUGAGAAAGGCUCGGUAAGAAAAAAAUACAUUUUUUUUAUUGUUCUGUUAUUUUGUAUUUUCUUUUGUUAUAUGUACUGAUAUAUGAGGUGUAAAUGACAAAAGGUUAAAGUGUGUAACCCUCACAUUGAAUUCUCUGUUUGCUUCGCUAUCUGUAAAAAAAUCUAUAAAAAAUUGUUCACAAAAAAAAAAUAUAUAUAUGCAUUUUUCUAGUGCACACAGACUACAGGAAUACACACGCACACACACAUACACACACACACAAACUGUUUAGGUUCGCAGCCUGCUGAGUGUGUGAAAUGACUUAAGCAGCUUGUUUGAUUAAUCCUGAUUUCUAUUUAAUGGUCUACUGUGAAGCGUCUCUCUCCUCUAAGUAGGAUAACAGGAAUUCAGUGUUUUGAUAAUGCGCUCACAGAUUUCUGGGAGGGAACAUGGAUAUAGCGCAACUCCUUUUAUUCCCUGUGAUCCCGCAGUGUGCUGAUUAAACACACACAGACAUACUUACGCUCAGUCUCGCUCUUGCGGAGCAUCUGGGAUCUCUCUCUCUCUCUCUCUCUCUCUCCCUUUCUUCCUCUCUCCCACUUAAGCAGCUGUAAAGGCUCUUGCUCAACUAUGAGAUCCACUCUCUCACUGUUUUCUUUGGAAGAGACGUUUCAGGGCUCUUCGUGUGUAAGUGUUGUUAUCCCUCUGGGGAUUUUCAAUAAAGGCUGACGCUCCUGUCCUGUAAAGGAAUUGUUACAUAACAAACUUCCCAAAACCGCUUUGAUCAUCAUCUGUUUACUCUGAAAAACACACUGAGGAUAUUUGAAUUAUUCCUCAUAGUAUUUGGCCGCAGAGCGUACAAAUGGCUCACUGGUGUCUAAAAAAAUGGUGAAGUAUUCUGGUUUGAUGUGCAUGACAACGUCAGGAAUGGUUUUGGACUUGAGCCAGUGCUUUUGUAGGCUUGCAGUUUUGUAACGGUGAGAAAAUGAACCAUUAUUGCACAAGUCGUUUCAACAUCCUAACUACAGUUAUUAAUUUCAACGCAUGUGUUAAAUUAUGUAAAAGGAGCCUGUUGUUGUUGCUGCUGCCUCUGUUGCUGUGUAGGUGAGUGUAACUGUGCAGGUAUGUGUGAUAUGUGUAGGGAUGGGCGAGUACAGGUACCAGGUAUUGGUAUCGGGGCCAACGCCGGCCUUAUUUUAAUGUAGGGAGUACUCCUGAAGGCUGAUGCCAAACGUCAACUAAUUCCUUUUCGCCAGAUGUUGGCGUGUAACAUCCCAGCUCGGAAAGGGGAAAGGACGUAACAUAAACCCCGGUUUAGUUGUUGUAAAAAUUGAUAUGUACUUGCAAAAUAAAUAAGUUCCAAUUUAAGUUUGAGGUGAAAAAACAAAAAGAAUAACAAAUACUGCUCAAAGAAACAACAAAUGCAACAAAAAGCGACUCUGAACUAGAGUGAGAAACCAAAAUCCUUAAUCAAAUUAACUCAACUAGCAGUUAAACAAUCGAAGGAUGAGCAGCUCCCCAAUUCUUUACAAGAGGAUUACAAAAAGAAAUACACAAUGUCGCCUCCACGGCAAUUAACACACACACACGGGGAUCUCCCUAACAAAAUGUCUAAAUGUUUGAACGCGAGUGUCUGCCCCCGAGCACUCCAAUCGGCAGCCUCUUCAAUAGACAACCCCCCUCUAGGCCUGGACGAUAUAGAAAAAAAGCAUAUCGAUAAAAAAUAAAUCAUAUUGAUCGAUAUCGAUAAUUAUCGAUAAAAUUAUAAUUAUUUAACAUAUAUUUUAAUUGCAGCCCUGGAUGUUUUAUGCUAUUGCUUAAUGACCUACUUUUAAUAAAGAACACACAAGCACUGAAUUCAAAUUCAAACCUUUAUUCAACCACCUUUUUUAUUUUACCACAACUGAAAGUUUUUUAAAAAAGAACUAAAAAAAAAAGAAAUCAACUUAAGUGGCCUGAGUGACGUCAGUAAAUACUGACAAACAUAAAGACUAAAGUGACCAGAAAAUCUGAUAAAUAAAUAUUUAAAUAGUCUUUUGAUGAAAAUAAACAAAACAAACAAAUAUAUAAAUAAACAGAAUAGCUUUAGGUGGGAAUAGCAUACUACCAGUUUUAACUGUGUGGGAAACUGCCCACAGCCUGGUGUCUGAACACUGAAAUAUUUCUCCCGGGGUCGGGAGAUUUAUUUUUUUUAAUUAUCAUGUGAUUGACUUAAUACACAAACUAAGCACGAGAAGCAGGACUUAUCCACGCCGGUGUUGUGUCGUAGAAUGCACCCCUGCCGGAUGCACCCCCUGCUAGUAGCCAUGAUCCAAAUACUCGCGUCUUUGUAAAAUAUGAGCUCAUUUGAACGUAUUUCCUCCGCACCCUUCUCACCUUUUCAACCUCUGACCCAUUUUCAUGCCUGAAGCGCUGUGUUUGAGAAAUACUUACGGCCGGGCACUUCAUAUCGCUGGUCGAAGCCAGGCUUUUCAACGGUAGUUAUUGGCAGUAUGUCCCUCGCUAUGAAGCAUGUUACUGCAUGGGUGAUGUCCUUAUGCCGCUCGGACGCUUUGUCGUAUUUUGACAAGAAACGAAGUCCAGUUUGGUCUGCUUCACAUGCUUUGUGCCGGUGCUGGCAGCGGUUCCAGAGGAUUCCUCCUCCGACGACGACGUGGAGCCGCGGCGCGGCCGACACAGCUCGUACUCCUGCGGGUGCGACCGGUUUAGAUGGUAAAACAAGUCGGUUGUGUUACCAGACUUGGUUUUUACUAAUUCUCUGCAAAUUUUUGUCAGACCUCUAAAAACCAAAACACUGCCAUGCUGGAGAACUACUGAGACCUUUUUUCGGGACAAUGUCCUCCGCUUCUCCUUGCUGUAUCAUUUUUUCUAAUACACGUGCUGUCUGUUGUGGUUUGAUAGGGGCUGGGCUUGGUGCCGUAGCGUACCUGGGUCUGCGUUUGUGAUUGGUUGGGAGGAAGUAAUGACUGUAGUAAAAGCUACAUGAGAGGCUAUGAUGAAAAAGAAAGGGAAACUGUGUUUUUCUAUCGAACUUUUUAUCGACCCGUUUUUUUUCUAUCGCACCACACGUCUAUCGAUCGAUAUAUAUUGUUAUCGAAUUAUCGUCCAGCACUACCCCCCUCCGAUUGGUCCUGCCGACGCGGCCCAUUAUCCAAUCCGGGGCUGUCCUGUAGGGUCACAUCCACUCGUACACACACACACACACACACACAAAGAGACACUACCUAACAUGGUAAAAGGCAGCACAGGUAGCUUCCCUGAGAGAAGGGACACAGCUGCAGCCGUAACAUGGCGCUACACUGCUGUGGUUUGACACCAUGGGGAAUCGUCAUCAUGUGAAGUACCUUUGUAAAUGCAGGUUAUCAAACACCUUGAAUAUAAAAUAUGUCAGAAAUCUGUGUGCUGCAAAAGUGAUCCAAUAUAAAUGUUAUCAAAAUACCAACUUUGAAAAGUGGGUUUUUAAGAGUAUUUUGAAGAAGUUCUCAGAUUCAGAUGGUUACGGGUUCGAGGAGAGUUUCAAAGUCUGGGUACCACGACAGCAAAUGAGCCGUUACCGUGUCUCUGUUUGAGGUUUUGUUUGUUCCACCAACAAAGGUGCUAUGGUUACAUGGUCUGAGAGGGCGCCUCAGAGUGUGAGGGGUUAAAAGGUCCGAGGUAUGAACCGGUACUGAGGCACUGAAUGCUGUAAAAGGAGCUUCUCUAAAUCUGCGUUUCAUAUUAUUGUCAGCUGGCACAGUCAGGUUGAAAUUGGUGUAUUUUGUUCCAUGUGGUUAGAAGCUGAAGUCACCUCAUAGCAGAUUGAUGCAUGCAUGAAUGAUGAGUUGAAGUGUGGUUAAAAUUGGCCCCGUUUUUGCAACACUAACCUGUUGACAUCAAAAGAGCCGUACCAAUUUGUGAUCAUGAUCAAAUAGCAAUUGAUGGCCUUAUUAAAAACAAACAGUCCAAUAUGACGUCAGCUGUUUUUACCGCAAGUCCACCCAGACUGCCUAGCUAACUUGUGCUUUUCAUCAUGUGCCUUUUUUUAUUGUAAGACAUUGACCUCAUUAUGGUUACUCUAACCAGAACUGUUUUUCUUUCUUUUGCUAGGAAAAAUGUGCCCAGUAUUGGCCGUCAGCUGAAGAGAGAGAGAUGGCCUUCAGAGACACGCGGUUCCUGGUCACACUCUUGUCAGAAGACAUCAAGUCUUACUACACUACCAGAGUUCUGGAGCUGCAAAAUCUGAGUGUAAGACUCGAGUUUGACUUGGCACGAGGGGAAGAUUUGGCAAAUGGGAGUUGUAAUGGUGAAUGUUCGUCACAGUAAGAGGCAUCACAUGUGACUCUGCUGUCUGAGACUUCUGUAAACAGGCAAAAAGGGAAAACAGGAAACAUGCUGUAAUUAGAAAUGUUUUACCGCAAAUUACAAUUUUAUAAUUCCUCAAACUUGAAUCUUUGUGAUCUCUGUUUGAACCUUUUUUACAUUCAGAAAUAAAUCGAGUUGUUAACCGUUUGUUGCAUCAGGUUUUUAUGACCCUCACUAUUGUGCGAAUUGAAAGUGAAACUUCUGGGCACGGUUGUUUAAUUCAGCCACCUGAGACUUUUACAGUAACUGCAGAUGUUUUAAAAGCUUCGCAAAUUUUCUACCUACUUGACCUGAUUUUGUUUUUCUGCUUUCACAGACAGGAGAGAAGAGAGAAAUCUAUCAUUUUCAUUACACCACGUGGCCUGACUUUGGCGUCCCGGAGUCUCCAGCAUCCUUCCUGAACUUUCUUUUCAAAGUGCGAGAGUCGGAAGCGUUGGAGGUGGAUCACGGUCCAGCUGUGGUGCACUGUAGCGCUGGAAUCGGUCGCUCAGGGACUUUUUCAUUGGUCGAUACAUGUGUGGUUUUGGUGAGUGCAUCUUCUUUGUUCUGAAUGAGCUUGUAAUGUUUGCUUUUAUUGGCCAAAAUCCAGAUGAAUUUGAGAUCAGAGUCUCGUUUAGUCAUGUUGUUGCAGCUGAAAUUGAGAAGUCAAAGAUGUGCUGAUGUAGACGUUGAUGGUGUGUUACCCAAGAUUGUCACAGACUUACAUUUUGGAACAUUGUAUGUAUGUGUGAGUCAGUUUACAUUACUGUCACACACAGAUGGACAAGAGGAAAGACCCGUCUUCGGUGGACAUCAAAAGCAUUCUGUUGGACAUGAGGAAGUACCGCAUGGGCCUGAUCCAGACCCCUGACCAGCUGCGCUUCUCCUACAUGGCCGUCCUUGAAGGAGCCAAGUACAUCAAAGGAGACUCGUCCGUACAGGUAGCUGCACCACCUCACAGUCAACACCUGUACCAACUGUGACACUUUUACCGUAUUCUGUGUUUACCAUCAAGAUAAAGAUAUUUGCAUAAUCUUCUUUCAACACAGCCUGGAAACUCCUCCUUGAAAGACUUCCCAUUAGAAGCCUCCCUAUUAGAAACUUUGAGGCUGAAAGUGAAAUUCUUUCACAUCAUCAUUUCUCAUCCUUUCCUAGUUCUUGCGGUAACACUCAUAGGUGGAGCUUCCUGAGGCUUAUUGACCUCUGUUAGAAAAAAAAAAAACAGUAAUUAUAAACUGUUUUUUAUCUAGCUGUCCUGCUUUUCGUCUGCAUCAUUUUGCGGUUUGUACAAAGCCAUCUCUUCGGCUGAUCAAUCUAGUUUGAAGAUAAAUUUGCUACAUGGAUAAAAAACCUUUGAGAAUUUGAUGUGUCUUUCUUAAAUCAACCUUUAUUUGUAUGAAAAGAAUUCAAAUUUCAGACUGAAUUAACUUCUACUUGUCUCUGUUUUCUCCACCCGUGUAGAACCGGUGGCGGGAGUUAUCCAGGGAGGAUCAGGAGCCCAUAUCGGAGUCGCCCCCCUCAGCUCAGCCUCAGAGCAGAUGUCCAACAGAGCGCUGCAAUGGGAGCCAGCGAGGGAGUCAGCCGGAGGAGGAGGGGGGCGGGGACUACAGACAGGACGGAAAAGUACCUGCACAGUCUCCCUGCAAGGAACAGGAGCUGGACGGGAGCACAGCACAGUGAGUUUAUCAGAAAAACAAACACCUGGAUGAUUAUAAGCUGAUCAACAACCUGAAUAGGUUUUACGUGACGACCUAACUGAAGUGUCAAUAAAUUAAAGUUGAGGAUUUACAUAAAAUUUCAUUUAAAACCCACUACUCCCCACAUUUCGAUAAUUGUAAAAUCUGCUUUUCUUUAUUGAUUCCCCCAAAAAACCCAUCAUACAUUUUUUUUCUCUACACUUUGAAGAUGUAAAUCGACCAUGCAUUAGACAGGUAUAUUAUUAAAUUGAUUAAAAUUUCAAAAGAUUUCCCAUGCAUCCUCCCACACAACCCCCACCCACCAGUCCUUCUGGCCAUCCCCACUAAUCCGCCCAAAUCCAGAUCUUCACAACAAUCAUCAUCCGAUGGCUUGUUUGUCCAACAAAGGAUUAAAAGAAUACAAGCAAUAGUGCACAAUGUCCUGAUAGAAAUGAGUAAAGUAUUGAUUUUAGACAGAGAGGAAAAAUGAGGGGGACAUGAUGAAUUCACAGAAAUAAAACUGAGUCAAACCUGAAUCUGUUUUUAAAGAAAAUAAACAUCAAAAAUAAAGUAAUAAUCAGCUGAACUAAAACCAAAGGUAGGGUAAGGGUGCAACAUUUUAAAGUGCUUUUUUGGGAAUAAGAAAAUAACUUUAAAGUUGGCUCAUUGAUUGUCUACAAUGUUUUUUUCCUUUCUGUCUUUUUGUGCAGCAAACGACGCAGAGAAGACAGCCUCUCCAAAUCAGCCUCAGCCAAAACACCCCAAAGCAAGCCUAGGACGAAUGACUCAGAGAAGAAGAGAAAAAGGUGAACACUUCCUUUGGUCAAAUCCGACUGUUUUUUUGUCAUGUUACAUCACAGUGCCGCUUUUGUUUUUAAUUCUAGUCACACACCAAGAUCUGGAUCUAUUCUAGUCUCGUACUGCAGCUGCUAUUGCACAAUACUUUUUUAAAAGUUUGAAUUUAGGCGGAAAAGAAGCAGCAUUUUACUUCCGAAUUUUAACGGUAAGAGAAAUCUCAAGGAGGAAAAGGUAUGAGUCAGAAUUCAACCUUAGUUAUUUUCAGACAGCGAAGGCUUUCCUGGUGCAUGACUCAACCUCUUAAUAGCAGAAGCUAACCUUAUGCAGAGUUUAGCCUUCAAUUUCUCUGUUUUCUCUAAAAAUUCUCAGUCGUUCAGAGUGGAGCCUUUUGUUCAACUAACUGACAUUUACUUCAGCGAGCGAGACCUGAUGAAGCACUUUAAUUCUGAUGAGUGUGCACCUCCUGAGAACGGCUCACCCAGUCAUUUCUGAGAAGCGGUCCUUUGUUGUGUGUGACAUGUCAGUAUGUUCCAGUAAUCGAUGCCCCUGAGUUGUUGCCAUAUCUGACGAGGUCUUACUCUACUGUUGUGGUUCUUCUCGGACAGCUUGGGCUGCAUGUGCUGCACAUGACAAGAGCUGGCCUGUCCAGCGGGGGGCAGUGUGUUUUUACCCCCCACUGUGGCAGCAACAACCACCAAGGAGAGCGCAUUUACAGGGUGAAAAAGAAAAAAAGAAAAACGCUGCUCUGUUACUCAGAGGUGUGUGUGUGUGUGCGCCUGGUGUCUGCUGUGUCGAAGUUUCGGUUGAGGUUUUGUUCUUGUUUUUGAGAUUUGCUUCACUCGUGUGGUUUUGGAGUUUGGUUAACUUUGGCUGCACUUGAGCAUGGUGUUUGUGUGUGGCGUGUGUAUGUGUACAUCUGUGGUUUUUGGUUGUUGAAGCUCUGAAAUGUCACUUUGGGUUUGGAAUAUUGCAGGGCUCUUAUCUGUACCGUGCAACUUGCAUUGAAAGUGUUGGCACCUUUUGUCAGUUUCGGAAUCUUUCCACAUGUUUCCGAUCAUAUUUUAUCGCCCGAGUAUCAACGUUUCACUUCUUCAUACAACUGCAAUUUUAGCUCUCUAGGACUGAGAAUUUUAUUACCGUUAAUGGUCUUGGUAAUUAAGUCGAGAAACAAUAGAUGCCUUCUUGUCCUGACUGAUUCUGCUCGUCUACCACGCCAACGUGUAUAGUCCUGUUUCAGUUUGUUGCAUGUUCCUCUGGUUUUCCUGAAGUUUGAAACCAACAGAGCUGCUCAUGAGGUCUUAAAGAUGUUAGCAUGGCUGUGUGCUUGCUAGCUUGUGAGGGUUUUGGCCUGUGAAUGUCAGGUUAGUUUGAAAUUCAGUGGGAGAUUUUAAGCAGAGUUUUUAAUGGGAAAAAAAAGAAAACAAAAUGUGGUGAAUGGAUGUUUUUUUUUAGUGUUUUUGUUGAUUCACCCAAACAUGUGGACGCCUCCUUAUCCUGAAUGCAAACAGUAUAAACCCUACACAUUGUAUUAUGUGCUUCUCUGCUCAUAAAAAAGAGCUCUAUUACAGCUGAAAACCCCUCAGUACAGUGUGACGUGGCUUUAAACAACAAUAUCUGCUUCUGCUGCUUUAAUUUUAAAGGGAUAUUCUGGCGUAAAAUUAAUUUAGGGUCAAACACACCGUAACACCGAGUUAGACACCCCCUCAAGAGAUGAAUGUUGCCGACCACUUACUUCUGUAGUUAAACCAACUUUAGAAAUGACCACAUGAUAGCAAUACACAGCGGUCUAUGGAACCACACACAAACCUCAACCAAAACGCCACUCUAUAGCCACAAAUAAUGCUCAGAACAGCACCUAAAUUCAUCAACAGUACAUAUAGGGUCCCAGCCACAGCACUAGCCACCAAACAUCUUUUUAACUUUGCCUGAUUUCUUUAGCAAAGAGUCGAAACACAACUCACCUACUCUCUUCCAGCAGCCACUUGUUUGUAGCGAGACCUCAGGCUAGUUCAUCACCGACUGAGGCGGAGUUUCGCAGCUCAAGAAAGAACAUUUAUGAUCAUUACUUACUGCAGAAGUGGUUGUUCUUUUGCUUAAGUGUCUCCGUCUGACUGCAUUUCCAUGAAGAAAUGAUCAUAAAUGUUCUUCCUUGAGCUGCGUCACCCCGCUGUAGUCCGUAAUGGACUGGCCCGGGGUCACGCUACAAACAAGCGGCUGCUGGAAGAGAGUAGGUGAGUUGUGUUUAGUCUCUUUGCUAAAUAUAUUAGGCAAAGUUAAAAAGAUGUUUGGUGGUUGGAACAGUAACACUUAUAUGUACUGUUAAUGAAGUUAGGUGCUGUUCUGAGCAUUAUAGAGUGGCGUUUUGGUUGAGGUUUGUUUAUGGCUCCUCAGACCGCUGUGUAUUGCUAUUGUGCUGUCGUUACUAAAGUUGGUUUAACUAGAGAAGCAAGCAGUCGGCAACAUUCAGCUCUCGACGGGAUGUCUAACUCGGUGUUCCGGUGUGUUUGACUCUAAAUUAAUUUUUCACCGGAAUAUCCCUUUAAGUCUAACAAAGAUCAGAGAUAAUGUUUGACAGCUUCUACUUUGCUGUCUACGGUCUUGACUUGUUUUGUAAUCAGAGAAUACUAAUUUGAAUUUGCAGUGGGCGUUCUUGUGAUCACUUUCCAGCUUCACUGACACCUUUUGUUGAGAAUACAACUUUGAGUGAAGUACUUCUGUGUUUUCAUGACAGGGCGAAAACCAGCGACUGCUAACCGUCUGUGGCCAGCCACACACACCGCCAGCUCUGGCAGCAAAGUAAACUUCGGCAGGGAACUCCAGCUCUCUCCUAACCUCUGUGCCCUUCUUCGUCUCCUCACCUCAACAGCCAGCUGUCCUCCCUUAAACGCUUACUUUUUAAAUCCCAGCUAAGUAGCAUUUUUCAGCCACCCCACACCUCCCUUGUUUUUCUCUGACUAGGAGCAAGUUACUCCUAAAUCCGCCUUAGUCCUCCUCACAGCUUUCCCAAAUCUCCUCAUCCCCUCUAAACUGUUUACAGCCGACACUUCAACAUUCUUUGAAGAGAGCACAUUUUAUCAGAUAGACACACCAGCGCUUUAUCCCUCUGCCACAAGCUGUCCUGCUUCUGGAGUCACACAUUUCUUUAUUUUUGCUUUCAUUUUAAUAUUUGCCGCUUUGUCAUUCUGCUCAUUGCAUUUAUGAAAUUUAAACGUGAUCAUAGGGGCUAUGCAUUGCCAAUUUACAACGCUGUUCAUAUUUGUAUUUUUAGAUAACCUUUUUUGCAGAGGGGGAAAUGAAAAUAUUCUAUUUUUUAUAAGAGAUUACUUGAAGUUUUUCACAAAGACGGGGGAAGAGUGGUUUAUGAGAAGCACCGCCUCCUCCUAGAUGAGAAAUUCAGUGGCAUGUAAUGUUUUUCAUGAUGUACAUAAUGUUCUUUUUAAAAAGAUGUGUGUAAAAAGACAUAUUUUUGCUUGUAAGAGAGAGAAAAGAUGGAUGACAAUGUUACAUAUUUGGAAACCGUAGAGAAGCUGAUUUGAUGACUUGUUCUCCUUUUGAAAUGAAUUUGUCUUAAGUUUUUCUUUAUCUUAGAGUGUAAUCUACAAAUAAAACUGGUAUUGUCUAGUUUGCAUAACAA